CAGCCGCAGAGGCUGCUGGGAGAAUCUUGCGGUGCUGGAGACAUUUUGGAUUUAAAGGGGCUGAGCUAGCCGUCAGUCCUAGCUCUUGGUUUCCCUGAGCUUACAUAGAAGAUGUCCACAAUGGUGUAUCCACGGGAAGAGAAGCUGGAGAAGCUCUCUCAGGAGGAGAUCAUCUCCAACACGAAGCUGGUGAUCCAGGGUCUGGAGGCCCUGAAGAAUGAGCACAACUCCAUCCUCCACAGCCUCCUGGAGACCAUCAAGUGCCUAAAGAAGGAUGAAGAGGCCAACCUGGUGCACGAGAAGUCCAACCUGCUCCGCAAGUCCGUGGAGAUGAUUGAACUGGGCCUGGGAGAAGCACAGGUGAUGAUGGCCCUCUCCAACCACCUGAACGCGGUGGAGUCGGAGAAGCAGAAGCUGCGUGCGCAGGUGAGGAGGCUCUGUCAGGAGAACCAGUGGCUGCGGGACGAGCUGGCCAACACCCAGCAGAAGCUGCAGAAGAGCGAGCAGAGCGUGGCCCAGCUGGAGGAGGAGAAGAAGCACCUGGAGUUCAUGAACCAGCUCAAAAAAUAUGAUGAAGACGUCUCACCCACUCAGGACGAGAAGGACCGAGAAACACCAAAGGACUCUCUGGAUGACCUCUUCCCCAAUGAUGAAGAGGAGCAUGGCCAAGGAAUGCAGCACCAACACAACAGUGCAGCUGUGGCUGCAGCCCAGCAGGGAGGCUACGAGAUCCCCGCCCGUCUGAGAACCCUGCACAACCUGGUGAUCCAGUACGCCUCCCAGGGCAGGUACGAGGUGGCUGUCCCCCUCUGCAAGCAGGCUUUGGAGGACUUGGAGAAGACUUCUGGACAUGACCACCCUGACGUGGCCACCAUGCUCAACAUCCUGGCUUUGGUCUAUAGGGAUCAGAACAAAUACAAAGAGGCCGCCCAUCUGCUCAACGAUGCUCUGUCCAUCCGGGAGAAAACCCUGGGCAAAGACCAUCCCGCUGUUGCUGCGACGCUGAACAACUUGGCUGUGCUGUACGGAAAGAGAGGGAAGUACAAGGAGGCGGAGCCUCUGUGUAAGAGGGCUCUGGAGAUCAGAGAAAAGGUCCUGGGGAAGGACCACCCAGAUGUGGCCAAACAGCUGAACAACCUAGCUCUGCUUUGCCAGAACCAGGGCAAGUACGAGGAGGUGGAGUACUACUACUGCCGUGCCUUGGAGAUCUAUGAGAGCAGGCUGGGCCCAGAUGAUGCCAAUGUGGCCAAAACCAAGAAUAAUCUGGCGUCCUGCUUCCUCAAACAGGGGAAGUACAAGGAGGCUGAGAUUCUCUACAAAGAGAUUCUGACUCGUGCUCAUGAGAAAGAGUUUGGAUCUGUUGAUGCUGAAAACAAGCCCAUCUGGAUGCAUGCAGAGGAAAGGGAAGAGAUGAGCAAGGGCAAGCACAGAGACAACACUCCCUACGGCGAGUACGGAGGCUGGUACAAGGCCUGCAAAGUCAACAGCCCUACAGUGAACACCACCCUGAGGAACCUGGGGGCCCUGUACCGCCGGCAGGGCAAGCUGGAGGCUGCUGACACCCUGGAGGAGUGCGCUGUGAGGUCUCGCAAGCAGAGCAACACAGGCAUUGACCCCAUCCACCAGACACGCGUGGUGGAGAUCCUGAAGGAUACAGACGGCGACAGGCGGAGGAGUAGGGACAGCCUGAGCAGCGUUAAGUAUGAGAGUGGCUCUGAGACCGGCGAGGAAGUGAGUAUGGGCGUCGACUGGAAUGGGGCCUAAGCCAUCAAGAUUAUUCCUCCAUCCUUCUCUCCUUCCCCAACACAAUAGCAAAAGGAUGUGUGUUGUCGUUCCCUCUGGCCUUCUCUGUCCCAACAAACCAACAGCUCCUCUGCCAUUCCCGGUGCCCCCUCCGGCAGCAGAGAAAGCUCAGAAAGCCCCCUCGCGGCUGUCACCUCUCCCCCCUGUCAACUGACAACUGCUGGGACGUUUUGGUCUUCUCAUCUCUGCUCUCUCUUCCUUUCACUCUCUAUCCUCUCACUAACCCUGUGUCGGAAAUCAUUACUUCACUCACUUUAACAUUAAAAAAAAAAGUCAUUGUGUGAGAAACCUUUUCCCUGUGAGGAAGCCACUCGCACAGUUUUCACCCAUUUGUAAUUUUUCAAAGGUACAUAGUAGAUUUAUUUGGCUGGAGAAGAGCAGCAGGAAAGUAACUUAUUGGAAGAAGGCAAAAGAUGAAAGAUUUUUAGGAUCGGUGUCAACUUUGACUCCAGACAUCACUCCGACCCAAGCUAAUACAGUCGAUAUAUAACAAUAUGACUGAUUUCUGCAGUUACAUUGGUCUCACUCUGAAUUUGUUUGCACUCGCAGUCCGUUACAACAACAAGUGAAAGUUGACCUCAAAGCUAGUUUCCAACCUGGUGCCUGUAUUUAGCCCUGAUUUUAUUUUGUUUUGUUUUAAAGAAAGGUGUUUUUUUUCUUUUUUUUAGCCGUUAGGUGUGUUUUCCUGUGUUUCACUAUUGUAACAAUAAUGAGAUUCAAAAGCCUCAACAGUUUGGAAAUAAAUGGUACUGUAUAGUUUCACAUGCUAAUCAAACUAUGUCAUUUCUUUUGAACUUGUGCAGCCUAGUUGAUGGGAAAUGAGAAGGGAGCGUUGCCAUUUUAGUUUUCUUGUAAUAAACAUAUUUCCUUUUUAAAUUAAAAUUUUGUAUCAUUUUUGUUUACAUUUUGUUUUUAAUGUUGAUUUAUUUUGUGGCUGAGUAUUAAGGCAGUAGUUUUGAUGCCUGGUGUGAAAGACCAGAAGGGCCAACAUCAGCUGACAGCAAAUUGUUCAGAUCACAGCAAGCUGUUGUUGCCAUGGUAAUUUAUUCUCAAGUUGCUCACACUGGCGUCAGUGUCCUUGGUUUGAUUGAGUAUUCAUAACCGGCUCUGCGCUGGUACAGUAUGUACACAGUGGCUCGCAAUUACAAAGGGAAUUAGCAACAUUGGCUGACGCAUAAAUAUAUGACGGCAGAGACCAACCGGAGCAUCGAGCACCUCGCCACGUGAGAGAUUGCUAAAUAAUAGCAGAUUCUCAAAGAUCAUAGACGUAAAUGCCCAGAAUUGCCUUUUAUUUGUUGGUGCAGUUGUAGAAACUAGUGUUAUAAUUGAAGGGAAGCCUGGCUUCCACAGUAGUUUGAGUGUAUUGGUGUAUGUCUCGGUGGUACAGUCACAGUGCCCACUCUGGAUUCUGUAUUUUGAACACAAAGCUUAAUGGAGUGCGUUGCCUUUUAUUUUUCUUACACCGUUGUUUGCAAGUAAACAUUGUCACUUUGGUGAAUCAUGUUUUUAGACACCAAAAACGUACAGUGCGAGUGUUUCCUCAAGAUCAACAUGUUGUUUCAGAUGUUUAACUAACUGAAUGUAAAAUGACUUUAACAUCUUUAAAAGUGUAAUUGUAGGCUGUAUUUCUAGAUUUGACAAGUGCAUUCAUUAUAUGGCUUUUCGGUAUGCUACUUGAUUCUUCAUUCCUUCCAAUGAGUACACCUUUACUUCUAAUGCAACUCUGAACAAAAAGAAUUGACUAUGUACAUCACAUAAUUAUGACAAUAUUGUUGUGUUAGUGGAAUGCUUAUUUAUUGAACUGUCUAUGCUUGACAUAUAUAGUGUGACUUCAGUUUCCUUAAGUGGAAGAACAUAAAUGGUAAGGUCUAUAAGCACUAUCUUAGUAAGUAGGACUGCAUUAUAUUUACCAUUCUGCAUUGUGAAGGUUAUUGCAUCAACACUUGUUGGUAUUCUCAAAUAAAGUUUUUCAUUUGUGAA